AUGCCCCCAGUAUUAGAUGGGCUUCGGCAUAGCGAGCCGAUCGACGGCAGCGCCAGUCCGCGUGUUCACCCUCAGCAUGACAAGUCGCGACAAAAGAUUGUCAUUGUUGGGCUGGGGAUGGUAGCGAUCGCUUUCAUUGAAAAAUUGAUUAAACAAGACACGGCCGGCCAGUACGACAUUCUCGUAAUCGGAGAAGAGCCAUACAUUGCCUACAAUCGAGUAGGCUUGUCGACGUUCUUUGAGCAUCGCAAGAUCGAGGACUUGUACCUCGAGCCAACGGAAUGGUAUGCCUCAUUCAAAGAUCGCAAAUUCGAUUACCACCUCAACACCCGAGUGGUCGCCAUUCACCCAGAAAAUCAGACCGUUCAAACAUCAUUAGGGGACAUCGUCUCCUACGACAUCCUGGUGUUGGCCACGGGCUCCGACGCGGUUCUGCCCACUCACACUCCCGGCCACGAUGCCAACGGAGUCUUUGUAUACCGCACGAUCCAGGAUCUGGAACGACUCAUUGACUUUGCAUCACAUCACAAGGGACAGACGGCCGUCACGGUCGGAGGUGGCUUACUGGGUUUGGAAGCGGCCAAGGCGAUGACCGAUCUCGAAGACUUUGGCAACGUCAAGUUAAUUGAUCGUAACAAAUGGGUACUGGCCCGCCAAUUGGAUUCCGACGCUGGUUCGUUGGUGACUCGCAAGAUUCGUGAUCUUGGGCUCGAUGUUCUUCAUGAGAAGCGAGUCAAGACCGUCAAUACCGAUGGGGAGAAUAACGUGGUGGGAAUCACUUUUGAGGACGGAGAGCAGAUCGACUGCUGCUGUAUUUGUUUCGCGAUCGGUAUCAAACCAAGAGACGAGCUUGGGCAAUCCGCGGGCAUCAAGUCAGGCACUCGGGGAGGUUUCGUGAUCGGGGAAAGUCUUCAAACCUCCAUUCCCAACAUCUAUGCCGUGGGCGAAUGUGCAAGUUGGGAGAACCAAACCUUCGGCAUUAUCGCUCCCGGCAUCGAAAUGGCAGACGUGCUUGCGUACAAUCUAACCCAUGGCCCUGAGGAGCACAAGCGCUUUAGUCGACCCGACCUCAGCACCAAGCUGAAACUUCUCGGGGUCGACGUGGCCUCCUUUGGAGACUUUUUUGCAGAUCGAGAUGGUCCCAAAUUCUUGCCCGGCGCGCGUCCAGCCGCCAUUGACCAAACCCUGACAGACGAGCGCCGAGUCGAGGAACCGCCCGUCAAGGCAUUGACGUACAAGGAUCCCUUUGGAGGCGUGUAUAAAAAGUACCUGUUUACCAUGGAUGGGAAAUUCCUCCUUGGUGGUAUGAUGAUUGGUGAUACCAAAGACUAUCUCAAGUUGAACCAGAUGGUCAAGAGCCAAAAAGAGCUUGAUAUACCACCAAGUCAGCUCAUUCUUGGGGCACAAGGGGACGGCGACGAGAAUGCCGAUGAUCUGGAUGACGGUGUGCAGAUCUGCUCCUGUCACAAUGUGACCAAGGGCGAUGUGGUAGAAUCCGUCAAGAAUGGGACUUGCAAAACGAUGGCCGAGGUCAAGUCGUGCACAAAAGCAGGAACGGGCUGCGGUGGCUGUCUGCCACUCGUACAGUCUAUUUUCAAUAAAACCAUGAAGGAAAUGGGCCAAGAAGUUUCGAAUCACUUGUGCCAACACAUUCCUUACUCCCGGGCCGAUCUCUAUAACAUCGUUGCCAUCAAACAGCUCAAGACAUUCCCCGAGGUCAUGCAGGUUGCAGGCAAUCAUCCGGAAUCCCUAGGAUGUGAACUGUGCAAACCGGCCAUCGGAUCGAUUCUGUCCAGUUUGUUCAACCCACAUAUCAUGGACAAAGGGUACAACGAUCUCCAAGAUACCAAUGACAAAUUUCUGGCCAAUAUCCAGCGCAACGGCACGUUUUCCGUCGUCCCUCGAAUCGCCGGCGGGGAAAUCACGGCGGACAAACUGAUUGCAAUCGGCUCGGUUGCCAAGAAAUACGGGCUCUACUGCAAGAUCACCGGUGCGCAACGGAUCGACAUGUUUGGUGCCAAGAAACAGGAUCUGCUGAGCAUUUGGACGGAACUCGUCGAUGCGGGAAUGGAAAGUGGCCAUGCGUAUGCCAAAGCACUUCGUGCGAUUAAGAGCUGCGUCGGGACGACCUGGUGCCGGUUCGGUGUCGGGGACAGCGUUGGCAUGGCUGUUCGACUGGAAGAACGAUACAAAAGUGUUCGCGCGCCACACAAAUUCAAAGGUGCCGUCUCGGGCUGUGUGAGAGAAUGCGCUGAGGCUCAGAACAAGGAUUUCGGGCUCAUUGCAACCGACAAGGGGUUCAACAUCUACGUUGGUGGAAACGGCGGCGCAAAACCUCGUCAUUCGGAGUUACUGGUCACGGAUGUGCCUCCAGAGAUGGUGAUGCCCAUCAUCGAUCGCUACCUGAUCUUCUACAUCCGGACCGCCGACAAACUUCAGCGAACUGCCCGCUGGAUCGAGAAUCUCCCCGGGGGGAUCAACUACCUGAAGGAGGUGAUCAUCGACGACAAGCUCGGGAUCUGUGCCGAUAUGGAGCGACAGAUGCAAGAGCUCGUGGACAGUUACUUCUGCGAAUGGACCGAGACGGUUCGAGAUCCCAAACGCAGAAAGGUCUUUCAACAAUUCGCCAACACGGACGAGACCGUGGAAACGGUCGAAGUCAUCCAAGAACGAGCUCAGAAUCGACCCACCUACUGGCCGGCAACCUCUGCGCAGGAGGAUUUCAAAGGCCACCAAUGGUCCAGCACUUCCUGGCAGCCACUCCUUCGCGCUGAUCACUUCUCAGACGAGCCUCCGCGGGUCUCUUCGGCGAAUGUGAAGCGAGGGGACACGCAGCUGGCCGUGUUCAAGAUCAAGGGCAAAUUCUACGCCACGCAGCAGAUGUGUCCUCACAAGCGUGCCUUUGUACUUUCGGAUGGAUUGGUCGGAGACGACGAUGCGGGCAAAUACUGGGUCUCGUGCCCGUAUCACAAGCGCAAUUUCGAACUCAACGGGGAGCAGGCAGGACGGUGCUCCAACGAUGAAAGUAUGAACAUUGCGACUUUUCCGGUCGAGGAGCGAGAGGAUGGAUGGGUGUAUGCCAAGCUUCCACCGGUGGAAGAGCUGGAUGCGAUACUGGGAACGGAAAGAUGGAAGGUCAAGAAGGGCGAAGCCCCGGAUCCAUUCCACAAGAUGGAUAAACGAUACAAGGGGAUGAAGGGCAAGAAGAUCUCUGCCGGGGAAGGGCAGUCGAAAUCGCUGGCACAGCCUGCCAAGGGAAUUGACUGGUAG